AUGUACACCUCAUGGAACUAUGCCCAUUAUAUCGUCAACAUGGCUUCUUGGGCAUCUCAUUUUAUGAUGCUGUUUUUUGUUGUGAUAUUUUUUUCUGACAAUCAAUCGCGGAAUGAGAAAAGUCAGGAGAUUUUGAUGCUCCCGCCUUUGAUACUAAUUGCUGGUUGUGUUUUAAUUUAUUCGAGAGUGGUCAAACAAAAGAUUUGGAGAGGCGAAUUAAGUGAGAUAGAAGCGUACUUCAUUGGUUUCAAGGUUCAUUCCACCAUUUUAACAUAUUCUGGAGUCAUUUUCAAUCUAAUAGUUUGCUGUUUUGGAACAAUUCAAGAGGUAUACAUAAUUUUUCACUCGCUUCAUCUUUUCAUGAAUUUCUCCAUGCUGCUUCGUGUUUUACCAUCCCUCAGAAAUUUGGUUAUGAACACUGGGAUGCACAAAAAGCAUUUGAGAACCGUGCUAAUGUUUCAUGUCGCUGGAAUCAUUAUAUUGCCACUUCUAACUCAAGAUAUACGAAGUGGGAGAGAAAUCAGUGCAAUCUUCAUAAACCAAGUAAUUUUCAUGUCUUAUUCUUGGAAUAUCGCCGACUAUUUAUCGUUUCGCGAUGGUGGACUUGAGUUCAGAGAAUUAGAGAUUGAAGAGACUCCAAAUGAUAUAGAUUACGAAAGUGAUAAUGAAGAAGACUCUUCGGAGUUUCAUAAAUCAACAGGUUCUAUUUGUGGUGUUUGUUACCGUUCUUAUUGUGAUAGCAUUGAAAUGAGAACACCUCGAAUUCUGAAUAAAUGUGGCCAUACAACAUGCCGAAAGUGUGCUGGAAGAAUAAUUAAAAGUAGUUGUCAUCUGUAUAUUCAAUGUCCCUUCUGUACAAAAAAGACACGAGUUGGCUUUCAAAAUUCGGUUAAUCGACUUCCAAAGAAUUACGGAUUGCUUGAAGUUAUCAGCGACAUGAAACAAUUAGAUGAAUUUUAUAAAUCAUCGGCUACGGAGAAUUCGGAACCCCAACGAAGAGAACGACGAAACAGUUUCUGA